AGACCAAGAUCGGAAACUAAUGGUGAAGCUAGUGGAGGAAUGCCGUUGCCUCUCCAGAGACUUAGCACAACAAGAUUACCUUCGAUACCAGAAAGAAGUCACAGAGCAUUAAUUUUAACAAAAGUUGAAGGAGAAGAUGAUCCUUUACCACCAUCUUGGGAGGCUCGAAUGGACAGUCAUGGUCGAGUGUUUUAUAUUGACCACGCAACACGCACCACUUCUUGGACUCGACCUGGAGGUAGUACGAGCUCCUUUCCACCAGCAGCAGCUGAACAACAUAGAAGACAAUUAGAUAGAAGAUAUCAAAGCAUAAGAAGAACGAUAAGUUCAAACAGAUUAGAGGUGGUGGAUUUUUCGACAGCUCCUCCUGGAUGCCGGCUACUAACCAGGCCGGAUUUUUUCACUGUUUUGCACAUGAACCAGGAAGCAUUAGCUUUAUACAACAGAAACCCUACUUUGAGACACAUGAUAGUAAAGAUCAGACGAGAUCCCAACGUUUUCGAAAAAUACCAACACAACAAAGAGUUAGUCAGUCUAGUCAAUUUAUUCGCUGACCCUACUCUGGAUUUGCCGAACGGUUGGGAUACUAGAAAGGACAGAAGUGCUAAGGCGCCAGCUCCACCACCACGAAUAACGCCGUCUUCAACCAUCCUCAAUAAUUUCCCAGAGGUUCCAGUCGCUUACAACGAUAAAGUCGUAGCUUUUCUCAGACAACCGAAUAUAUUCGAUAUCCUUAGAGAAAGACAUCCUCCAGUAGGAAAUUCUUCUUCGCUUAGGGAUAAAGUUAACGCUGUUCGAGUGGAUGGUACUAGUGCUUUAGACAGGUUUUGCCAUGACGUCCAUUUGACUAUAUUGCUGAGCCUCUUCGAACAGGAGAUAAUGUCAUAUGUCCCUGCAAUGACGGUGGAUAACAGAGCCAAUUCUACCGCCAGAAGUCCUCGGGGGUCCCCACAGCCAUCUCCCAUAGCUUCUCCAGGUCUGAGUAGGCAUAGAGUUACCGCACCUCACAAGAGGGACUUUGAGGCUAAGCUCAGGAAUUUCUACAGGAAGUUGGAGAGCAAAGGAUACGGACAAGGACCCGGAAAGUUCAAGCUCCAUAUCCGAAGGGACCACCUUCUUGAGGAUGCCUUCCGAAGAAUAAUGUCGGCAAACAAAAAAGAGCUCCAAAAAGGGAAAUUGUGCGUGGUGUGGGAUAAUGAAGAAGGUUUAGAUUACGGAGGACCUUCUCGAGAAUUUUUUUUCCUGCUUUCCAGAGAACUUUUCAAUCCCUACUAUGGUCUGUUCGAGUAUUCAGCUAAUGAUACUUAUACUGUACAGAUCUCUCCUAUGUCUGCCUUCGUCGAUAACUAUCACGAUUGGUUUAGAUUCAGUGGCCGUGUUUUGGGCCUAGCUCUAGUCCAUCAAUACCUCCUAGAUGCUUUCUUCACCAGACCUUUUUACAAAGCGUUGCUGAGGCUUCCCGUAGCUUUAUCGGAUCUGGAAAGCCUCGAUUUUGAGUUUCACCAAAGCCUUCAGUGGAUCAAAGAGCACGACGUAUCCACUCAAGGAGAGUUAGAACUUACGUUCGCUGUGACUGAGGAGGUGUUCGGCCAAGUGUUAGAGAGAGAAUUGAAACCUGGAGGGAGAAACGUGCCUGUGACUGAGAAAAACAAAAAGGAAUACUUAGAAAGGAUAGUUCGAUGGCGUUUAGAACGUGGAGUUUCAGAGCAGACGGAAUCGCUAGUGAGAGGCUUCUAUGAAGUCGUCGACCCUAGACUAGUCAGUGUAUUCGAUGCUAGGGAGUUAGAAUUAGUGAUCGCCGGCACGGCAGAAAUCGAUCUGAUCGAUUGGAGGCACAAUACUGAGUAUCGAGGUGGUUAUCACGACCAGCAUCCAGUCGUCAUAUGGUUUUGGCAAGCCAUCGAAAGGUUUACCAACGAGCAGAGACUUCGCCUCCUUCAGUUCGUUACGGGCACCUCUAGUAUUCCCUUCGAGGGUUUUUCUGCACUCCGAGGCUCAAUAGGACCUCGAAAGUUUUGUAUAGAGAAAUGGGGUAAACCGAACAGUCUUCCAAGAGCACAUACGUGCUUCAAUAGGCUAGAUCUGCCACCCUAUCCCACGUCGGAGGUUCUGUAUGAAAAGUUGCUACUCGCUGUAGAAGAAACUAACACCUUCGGGAUAGAGUGAAGCGUCGGUACUUAUCUUCACCGUAUUUUAAACAGGAAAGGUUGAACCUUUACGAUAAUUUUAUGAGUGAUUCACUAUUUUUAGUAUUUUGUACAAUAACUUCAAAGCUUUCAAAGCCAAGACGAAAUAUAUUGUGUUAAUUAAAUAUAUUAAGAUAAUAUUACCUGAUUAUGUUAGAAUGUGUUAGUUCUAACUUAUUAUCACGAUAUAUGUUAUUCACUUCCUAAAUAUGUUUUAUUCAAUAGAUCUGACAGUUUUAGCUAGGGAAUCAUAAUUGUUCAUAUGAAAACAAUGGUCCUUUAAUUAAUUUAUCGCUUAUCUUCUUAAGAUAUUAUUUUCGAGUAUGUAAGUUAUAUGUUAAAAUAACUAUCUAAUCGGGUGCUAUUAUUAAUUUAGCGAAAAAUUACUCAUGUUCAAGGAAAGGUGUCAAUUUUUUGUGAAUUGUUCCAUCUUACAUCAAACUGCAUUUUAUGACGUAUUUCUUUUUAAUUCAAGCUAACACCAGUCUUUCUGACGAGAGGUGAAACCUCGAAAUACGUGUAGGAGAAUGGUUGAGCUCAAAUUGAAGAAGUGUAAUCGUCUACUUUUUCUAACGCUUUUUCUCUGCGUAAAGAUUGCAAAAGAUGGUGUUUUUCAAGAGUUAAUUGUAGAUUUAUUGCCUGAAUAAACGAUUGUAGCUAACAUCGUCCAAUACCUUCCAAUAAACUUGAAUUCGCUGUUCACCUAAUUCGCCACCAAAGAGAAAUCUCUUUGGAGGCGACUUCUUGCUGAUUUACCUCCUUUCUUUCCCCAUAUACUAAGUUUAAUAAAACCUUCGUUAGCAAGACUAUGUAGAAUAUCUAGAGAUCGUAAUCAUAGGAUAUAUAGAGGUUAUUCCUUUAACCUUAAAAGAUAUCCCAAAAACUAUUAUCUAAAUCGCUAUUGUUAUUUUCAUGUCACCUUCUUUGGUCUUUUAACAUUAGAUGCCAAAAAAUUUUGUUUUGUUUGUUUAAUGUUGUAUUAAAAACCAUGUAAAAAUCACUCAUAAAAUUUAACGUGAAUUUCAAACCCUUAAUGCGAUAUUUGUUUUUAUUUCUGUAGAAAUAUAUUUUGUGUGUUAUUUGUUACAUUAUGAGUUCCGAAUAAGUUAAUAUUUAAGUUAUUUGGAAGACCAAUGAGGUUCCUGCGCUUUUUGAGCCAGUAAAAAGCUAAAAAAAUGUUGCUAUGUUUCGACACAGCCAUAGUGAAACUAGUUGAAACCUUGAAAGUUUCUUAUUAAUAAGAAUAAUAAAAAUAUAUAUAUCUCGCGCCGAAGCUAUUUGAUACCGUAGGAAGUACAUUUUAAAGUGGUCAUUAGAUAUUUUUCGGUAGCACAAAAUGCUGUUUAUUUGAGACAAAAAUAUUGCACUUUAAUGGCAUUUUCUCUACAUUGCACGUCUAAAAAGUUCUCCCUCAAUAUAUUUUUUGACCAUAAAAUUUAAAUUAAUAAAUUUCUGGGUAAUUGAACUUAGCCACUUAUGCAUAAUUUUUAUGGCGGAUCGGUGACCGAUUUUUAAAAAUGGCAGGUUGAUUCCAUUUUGUAUGAUAUUUUUAAAUAUGAUGAUAUGUCAAAUACUUCAUUAGUAAGUUUUCCUCAAUGACAGACCUUACAAUUAUCAGCUCUAUUCAGUCUAAAAACCUCAAAAUAUUUUAAUAUUUAAUAUCUUCUGCGCGUCGUUUUUAUUAAUUAUCUCAGUAAAACGUUAAUAAAACUAUAAAUAGGUACAGUGCAAAAAAUAUUAAGUUGUGUUAUUCAGAAAAUAAAACAAGGCAAUUGUUUAAAAUUGAAUAAAGUUUUUAGGUUUAAACUGAUAAUUGUGUAGGUGGCGUUAAAAAGCAAUUGAGACUAGCCUUUAAAUGAGGUAUUAUUUGCAAUGUUAUCCCUUGUACAACAUCUUAUAUGUUAGCCAUUAUUGUUCAACCAUUCAUAAUGAUUAUGUUAUUGAAUCUUCAUAAAGAGUAUGAACAGGGAUCUUGAGGUUAGUAAACCAGAAAUGUAUUAAUUCAUGAAUGUGUUGCUUGUGUGAGUCCAUUUCAAAUAGGUAAAGAAAUAAUAAAUAAGACUUACUCACAAUCAAUUUAAUUUAACUAUCAGACGACCGGUUUCGCUUUCUACAAUAUGCAAAGCAUCUUCAGGUCUCGAUACAAAGUUAAACAAAUGAUGCCGGUACUCUAUUAAUAGAUGGAUGGUAGAACAUGUUUGAAACUACUUUAUAUUGUUGAAUGGAGAACUCAAUACUAUUAUUGCAGUUGUUUGACAGUAAACGGGAAGUUCUUGAGGAGAUAGAUUUGAUCCAAUGAAUUUGAGAUAUGUGUGAGAUUGUUUGUUAAAUGUAAGUGAUGUAAUAUACUAUUGUGUUAUUCCAGAGAUAUAUUUUUGAAAUGUGUGUUAUUUAUUGAGUAAUUGUUUUAUGAAGGUGACAUUUUAUGACAAUGAAUAAGUGUAGAUGUAAAAAUUGUGUGGGUGUGCAAUUAUUUUCAAACUUGUAGUUAUCAAAUUACUUUGAUAAAGUUCUAUUGGCAAUGAGUUAAUUAUUGGAAUAGUCAAGUGAAUAAAAUGGUAAAAUACAAACACUUAAGGAUAAUUUAAACACACUAAAACAGAAAACACUUAGAAGGAACGAAACAAACAUUGAAUUUAAAAGGGGGAAGGACUUUAAUGCACUACAUCAUAGGCUUGGGCACAAUGAGUUUUUUUAUUGUCAUAAAAUGUCACCUUCAUGAAAAAAUUACUCAAUAAAUAACACACAUUUCAAAAAUAUAUCCCUGGAAUAAGUAUAAAUAACUUUUAAUAACACAAUAGUAUAUUACAUCAUUUACAUUUAACAAACAAUCUCACACAUAUCUCAAAUUCAUUGGAUCAAAUCUAUCUCCUCAAGAACUUUCCGUUUACUGUCAAACAACUGCAAUAAUAGUAUUGAGUUCUCCAUUCAACAAUAUAAAGUAGUUUCAAACAUGUUCUACCAUCCAUCUAUUAAUAGAGUACCGGCAUCAUUUGUUUAACUUUGUAUCGAGACCUGAAGAUGCUUUGCAUAUUGUAGAAAGCGAAACCGGUCGUCUGAUAGUUAAAUUAAAUUGAUUGUGAGUAAGUCUUAUUUAUUAUUUCUUUACCUAAAUGUAUUAAUGUUACCUGUAUGGAUCAGAAAAUAUGUGUGCUCAGGGAAGCCGCCCACUAUAUGUAAUAUCGUUUUAAAUGAAAUGUCUUAAUUAAUUUAGAAAAAUGAGUAAUUCUUUAUUUUAAGAUCAGUUAGCUAUGUACAUAUCCCAAAUAUCUAAUAGUAUAUAAGUGUAGAACGUAUGCUUCAAGUUAGUAUAAACUGUUGAUGCUCAAUAAACGUAUACAUUUGAUUUUAACUCUGCUAGACUUGACUACGGCUAGUUUCGCCCCUCCCACCAUAUGCGUUUUAAAACCUAUACUUGAUAUGCAGUAUUUUUGUCUCCGAUUUUAUUCAUAAAAUUUACAGAACGUAGCAAUAUUUGACUACAAAAAAUAUAUUUUGACAAUACAUUACUUACCAAAUAAUAAUUUUAAUGUUUUCUUUGUACAUACAUGUUAUUAUGUAUAGUUUUUGAUUAGUUAAGUUGUGCACAUUUAAUUUAUUUCGAUUAUACUUUUUUGUUACAAAUUCAGUCAUAAUUUAUUAACAAAUGUCUUAUGUUUAUGAAUAUUUAAUAAAGCUAUACAGAACGGUUUUCAACAAAAUCGCGACAGAAGUAUUUUUGGUAUGUAUUUUCUGAAUAAGAUCACUUUUAAUGAGAUUUGAUAAUUGGAUUUAUUCACAAUAACAGUUCAUAUAAAAAUAUAUCUUGAGGGCUGCUCUGUAUAGUAAAAUUAUUUUAUACUGGUAUUUUAGUUAUAGAGUUGCAUUUUUCGUGGUAGGUAUAAGUAAAUAUUGUAAUUAGGUUAUUAGAUUUCAGUCAGGCAAUUUAUAUAUUUCGUCUUUUCUCGUACCGUGGUUCAAAACACUUCAAUAUAUUACUCUUUUAUUUCAAUUACUCUACCAUGAUAUUCUUCUGCGUCCGAUCCUGUUUUUUUUUUUUAAUUUUGCCCUUUUUUGGACCUCCUAUGAAUGACUUAAGACGUUGUGAGUACUACGUUAUUGAUAAUUCGUUUCAUCCAUGAUACCAUGAAGUUAUGCCUUAAGAGUGUCAAGUGUCAAAAUAUUCGCCAGCGACCGCAGGAGGAUGAAAAAGAUAGGUUUUUGAAAAACUUUAUUUAAAAACGGUAGUGACUAACAAUAAUUGAAAAUAAACAUUAUAUAGAAGCGUUUACACUUACUUACACUUACUUACACCAAACACCAAGCAAAAAAACGGCUAAUCCGCUUAAUGCAAUUAUGAGUCGGUUAUCCCUAAAAUUAGCAAAAUAUCGCUACCUUGGAAGAAGUCCGUCAUGUCAAAAUGUUCAGAAAUGGCCAUUUAAAAAAUCGAUAAGUUUUAAAAAUAUCAACACUACCCAUAACUGCGAACAGGCUAAUAUUUUGGAUUUGUUAUGUACUAAUCUGUUAAAAGAUAUAGCCAAUCUCAUACUUCCUUAAUCCUAUUUUUGGCCAUACAAUUUUUGAUUUGUGGCGUUCUUUAAAAAAGUAUGAUCGGUUUUUGGAGAUAAUUCACUUUUUUUGUUAAAAUAAUUAUUGUUUUAUGUGUUUUUUUACAAAUGUAUAAUUUUCGGAUAAAAAUACGAAUCAAGACGUAAUCGUGUAAAAAAACUGUCAUUCUGCAAGGAAUUAUAGUUAAAAAAUGCUUGUCUUCAUUUGAAAAUUGAUUCUUUAAUUUUAAAUAAUGCACUCUCUUCAUUGUUUUUGAGAGCCAUGGGAAAAAACUAACUAAAUGACUUUAUCAUACAAAAAAAUAUAGAAUAUUUAAAAUCUGUUCACUAACAUAGUCCACUUUUCACUUUUUUGAGAUAUGAUCUCAAUAUUUUGACUUCCUCCAUAUUAACAUAAAUGACAUUUUAUAUUUUAUCAUACAAAAUUAAUUUUGUGAAAUAUUUUGUUCAUAUUUUAAAUACUUUCUUAUUAGGUGUUUUCGAUGUUUGAUUAUAAUUGUCAUAUCAUUAAUUCAAAACAUAUAUUUUAGAAAUUCUACUGAAUCGUAUUCACGAAAUAGAACCAAAUUAAUUGUAAGUUUAUAGUCGGUGGUAUAUGCAUUAUUAGAUACCAAGGUCCAUCAGACAAAGCGUCAGUAGCCAUUGCGACGACACAAGUAACAGUACUGAUGAUGUGAAUUUGCUUUCUGUUUGUUGUAAACUUUAUUUAAGUAAGUUAUCUUUAUCAGAAGAGAAAUUCUAAAAAUAAUUUUAUAUGAUAUUGUCCUGUAUAUUGCAGUUUAAUUUCACUAAUAUCAAAUAAUAUUUUUGAAUACUUUUAAUGAAUAGAAAUAGAAUAUACAUGUUGUGAACACAUUUUGUUACCGAUUAAUUUGGAAUUAACUGUGCGCUUAAAUUGAUUUCAUUAUUUUUUAAUAUUACUUGCUAAGAUACAAAAAUAGAGUUGGUGGGAUUGUUUAAGGGAGUAUAGAGAACUAUUCUUUUGUUACUUAAUGAAACUAUUUUGGUUUAAAUCGGUAGAAAAGAUGAAGGAUGAACUAAAAUAUUCAGCAUUAUUCGUCCGUUAACAAUUUUAUUGUAAUGGUACUCGUAGAACUUCCUGACUUAAUUCCUUCGUCCCAUAAUCUUCAUCCCAUUAACUAUCCUACGAUAACAUCUAGUUAUCUUUAGAUAACAUGAUUAUUAUAAUGCAUUUACCGGACUAGUAACGGUAAUUAACAACAUGCCUCAUAAAAUUUUGACAGAACAAAACAGAAUUAUCUAUUUUACCUACUUAUAGAAUUAUUUAAGUAAUGUCAGUUUCACAAUCAGUUGUUUUGACUGUAAAAAGAAACUAUCAUUACCAAAAUUUGUUAAAAAAAAACUUACAAAUAAGAGCUAAAUCAAAUAGGAAUCAGUAAAAAAACCUAGAAAAAUGGGUCCCUUUUGCAUGCUGUAAGAUCACAAUCUCGGAAUCAUAGGGAUUAGACUGUGUUUUCCGGUUACGUCCAGUGAGAAGUUGCCUCUGAUUGUUUUGAAUUUUGUACACGCUCCUGUUUUUUAUAUAUAUUAUAAUUUUAUAUAUAUUAUAUAUUUUAAAUAUAUUUUUCGUCUUCGUCUAUCUAAUCUGUGAAACAAUUUUACUUACUCUUUUAUUUUUUCUUCAGUUCUCGGAAUUUAUGUUUCUGUUCCUGUAUAGAACAAAUUUGUCAAACCAACAUUUAAAACGUAUCAGGGUAGAAUGAAGAAGAAAAAGUACUUGUAUUGUUCAAAACAGUUACAUCUGUUUUACAAUAUUUUAUAGAAUUAAUACCACAUAAUUUGAUUUAAAAAUUUAUAAUUUAUUUAAAGAAUACAAAGAAACAUUUCUAAAUAUCUUUGCUAUUUCCUUAAUUGUGGGUAUUAUUUCCAAAAAAGUGUGUUACAAUUAUUAAAAUUAGGUUUUCAUAAACUUUCGAACUGAUAUUAAGGAUGUCAUUAGUAAGUUUUAUUAUAAUGAGCAUUAACUAUCCUAUGAUAAAAUCUAGUAGAAAUAUGAUUUCUAGAUUUUUUGUAGUAUUUAUUUAGUAUCAUUUACCAUGUUCUAAAUAUUUAUCUACUUCGAAAAAUGCAGAAUAACUUGACUAACAUGAUUCAAAUCCGGUCGCUAAGAAGGCUGGUAGAAUCAUUUCCCGAAUUUAAUGUAGUUUUUUCGUAUGAGAUUUUUGAUAUUCUGUUGCGUUAAUUUAUUAUUUUAUAAUUUGUAGUCAGUUACCAAUGAUUAUUCUUUUUAGAUAAUAUUUAGAUUGUUAAUUUGUAAUAAUGUUGUGAUUUGUUAAAUUCUAGUCAGUAAAUAUAUAUAUUCAGUUGCGUAAGGCACAUACCUGUAUAUUACAAGCCGUCUCUAAUUAUCGGAAAUUAACUGCCGAGUUGAUCAUAACUUUUUGCUAAUAUGGUUUGUAACAUUCCAAAAAAUAAAGAAGAUAUUUGUU